GAUGCCAUGCAAUAAAUGCCUAUGUCAGUCACGGUACCGUGCAGUAAGACGGAGCGAGACGCGCUCAAAAUAAUGGUAAUAUUGCCAAUAUAUACUACGUAUGUGUAUACGUACUUGAUGCCUUGCUCGCAAUCCAAUGUGAUAUGCUUUUCGCCGUCAGCAGAGUAGCAAACCUAUCGCACCGAUCUCUUGUUCUGACAUCUUACCUCUCGCCACGUCCCUUCAGAACAACUCGGUUCAUGGCAUCUUUGCGCUCUUCCAACCCACUCAAACAUCUACUCGUCCUGGACUUUGAAGCUACCUGUGGCGAUUCUGUUUCUUGCAAUGAGAUCAUCGAAUUUCCUACCUUGGUAUAUGAUUUGAAGGAGGAUAAAGUGCAGGCGACAUUUCAUGAAUACGUUCGCCCGGUCAUACAUCCCACUUUGACCGCAUUCUGCACAGACUUGACAGGAAUCACACAAGAUACCGUGGAUAAAGCGGAUACCUUUCCCGAUGUCUGGGAUCGUUUCCGUGAAUUCCUCAAAGGACAGGGUGUACACGAUGAUCCGGACUCAUAUAUCUUCGUAACAUGCGGGAACUGGGACCUAAAGACCAUGUUGCCCAACCAACUACAAAUCAGCGAGUCCCCGGUAGGACUGGAUGAUUCUGGAAACCUCAUUGCGCCGUACAACCGCUGGAUCAACAUCAAGUCAGCGUUCAGGAGACAAUACAAGUAUCGGUUCAACGCGGGAAUGGACAUCAUGUUGAAGAAGCUGAAAAUGGAACUUGAAGGGAGGCAUCAUUCGGGCAUUGAUGAUUGUAGGAAUAUUCUUCGGAUUAUACAGAGGAUGCGGGCAGAUGGAUGGGAACCGCGAGAGACAAUGCGAGAGACACGUUGAACCAUAAUUAUCGCUGAGUUCUUCCAUACCUCUAUCUGUAAACCAAUAUACCAUACAUUGAUCGACACGGAUUAGAUCUUGCAAUUCUCUCGUGAUUGGAGCGCUUGAACGUGACCCACACGAAGACAAUAAGACCCUGAUAUGUUC